ACCUUCGCCAUACAUUCAAAAUGGCGGAUUUUCAGAAAAAAGGGUCGGAGCUCUAAAGCAUGAAACAAAUAUAAUAAUACCACGAAUAUGUUUGCGUAGUAAAUGUUUUAUUUAAUAAAUAAAGCUCGUCAAUCAUUGGAUUAGUAUUUAUUUCUUAUUUAUAGGUUUUUACUGAUUUAUUACGGGGUGUUAGAACAUCAAUUUCGGUAAAGGGUUUGCGAUGGCCGAGGAGAGGAGGCAGAAGCAGUGCUCAGUGGUUUUGCCCACGGAAUCCAUGAAGGCAAUGGCAGAAUCAGUAGGAGUGGGUCAGCUGCAGGAGGAGAGCUGUGUGGCACUCAGUGAGGAGGUCAGCUACCGCAUCAAAGAGAUCGCUCAGGAUGCACUUAAGUUUAUGCAUCACGGAAAAAGGCGCAAACUGACAACUAGUGACAUUGACCAUGCUCUGAAAUUGAAGAACGUGGAGCCCCUCUACGGCUUCCAGAGCCAAGAGUUUAUCCCAUUCCGCUUUGCGAGUGGUGGAGGACGAGAGUUGCAUUUUUAUGAAGAAAAGGAAGUGGACCUCAGUGACAUCAUCAACACCCCCCUCCCCCGCGUGCCCCUGGAUGUCUCCCUCAAAGCUCAUUGGUUAAGUAUAGAUGGUGUCCAGCCUGCCAUCCCUGAAAACCCACCCCCAGCCACAAAAGAGCAGCAGAAAACUGAAGCCACUGAGCCUCUUAAAGCAGGUAAACCUGGUCAAGAGGAGGAGGGCUCUAUCCAGUCCAAGGGACAGGGUGCGGCCUCUGCAGAAGUCAAAGGAAAGGAGAAGUUGCGGCUGAAGCCACGCAGCACCCACGAGCUCUCAGUGGAGCAGCAGCUUUAUUACAAGGAGAUCACUGAGGCCUGUGUAGGUUCCUGCGAAGCCAAGAGAGCAGAGGCGCUGCAGAGUAUAGCCACAGAUCCAGGCCUGUACCAAAUGCUCCCACGAUUCAGUACAUUCAUUUCAGAAGGCGUGCGUGUGAAUGUUGUACAGAAUAACCUGGCUCUCUUGAUCUACCUGAUGAGGAUGAUGAAGGCUCUCAUGGACAACCCAACACUGUACCUGGAGAAAUAUCUGCACGAGCUCCUCCCUGCAGUUGUGACGUGUAUAGUGAGUAAGCAGCUAUGUUUGCGGCCGGACGUGGAUAAUCACUGGGCCUUACGUGACUUUGCUGCCAGACUCAUGGCUCAGAGCUGUAAGACCUUCAGCACCACCACGAAUAACAUUCAGUCACGGAUCACCAAGACCUUCACCAAGGCAUGGUUGGAUGAUAAGACCCAAUGGACUACACGCUAUGGCUGUAUUGCUGGCUUGUCAGAACUUGGCCCUGAUGUCAUAAAGACAUUGAUCAUUCCACGCUUGUCUGUGGAAGGUUCACGUGUUAAAGCAGUGAUGGAGGGGCCAGUAGUGUCAAACAUUGACAAGAUCGGAGCGGAUCAUGUGCAAAGUUUGCUCCUGAAGCACUGUGCGAGCGUAAUUGCGAAGAUGCGUCCGGCACCAGAUGUGGUGGAUCAGUACCGAGCUGACUAUGGCUAUCUGGGCCCCAUGCUUUGUUCACACGUGGUGAAGGCCCGAGCACAAGCGGCUCUGCAAGCCCAGACUGUCAACAGAACCACACUCACAAUCACACAGCCCAGACCAACCCUCUCAGUCUCUCAAAGUGGAGUGGGCAUGGGGGCAGCAGGUGUCUCUCGAACCCCAAGCAUCAUUAAAGUGCCCAGUUCACUCACCCUCAUGUCCACUCGCCCGGGAACACCCACCCAGCCCUCUCCACCAGCAACCAAGUACAUCGUCAUGGCAACCAGUGCAGGGGCUGCUUCCACGCAGCAGGUGAUCACGCUAAGCUCCUCCCAGUCAGGCUCACCUGUCACCAGCACUGUGCCCAGUGGCCCCACCCCCUUGCAGCCACUUGUAAAGCUGGAGUCUGGGGGUACUGGUGCUGUGACAGGGUCACGACCCCUGCAAAAAUAUAUUGUGGUCUCUCUUCCUUCAUCAUCUUCCUCAUUGGAGCACAAAAGCAUUCUCCCCCCUACAGGCACUUCCCCUAUCAGCAUAGAGACCAGUGUGAAGACAGAACGUUCAGAAUCACCAGCCACAAGUGCUCCAUAACCACACACACACACACACACUGUGGCAUUUACAUGCCAGUGAAAAUGUUUGCCAUGUGAUCAUGUAUAUGUCUUUAUACUGUUAAGGAAAAAAAAAAAACAAAAACAGCUUUUUUUCACCCUGAGACUCUUUACUGCAACCACUACCUGAGAAAAGGUAGGCUAAGGAAGUGUUCUGACACAUGCAUACACCCCACCUGGUCCACGUUCAUUCUCACACUCGGUUUCAAAGUUGAAGGAGGUGGUAAUAGACAUACUGGAAACUGGAAGUCUGCAGAGUUUUGAAAAACAUUUUAUGUUUCAGUUACAUUUAUAAAUAAAAGCUGUAGGGAUCAGCAGUCAUGUUGGUUUUAAAAGUGAUGGUUGGAUGGUGACAUUAAAAUGUGAGUGAAGAACAUGAAAGAAAACGUAUGUCGCGGAAACUAAGAACUCGCGUGACGUGUGAGCGAUUGUAAAUGCUUAACAGAUACUUUCUUUAAUGUUUCUUGUUUGUUUUAUAUUCUGUAAUAAAUCUGUUUAUAAUGAGCGAAUUGUUAUUUUAGAGCU